GGUAUUUAAAAUAUAUAUUAUAACGGUCACACUAGCUAGGCAGCAAUGCAGAGAAUGUUGUGAGACUUUCAUUUCAUGUCAAUGUAUAUUUUAUAUGUACGGAAGUGGCUGCAUAACCGUUGUAUACCUUUUGGGUUUUUGUUUAUGUACAGCGCAGUAAAGUUGUGGUCAAAGCAUUGGGAAACUGCACAUUAUAUGAUUGUUUAUGCAGUUUUAAAAUAACUUAUGGGAAUGCAUUUUAAUUUUAUAUUUAUCAAUGUGCUUGUAUGGGCAACUAUGUGCUCUUCACACGAUCCAUACAAUGCACUUGGACUUAAAAACAUUGCCACUUUAGAGGAAAUACGGCUUGCUUACCGACAGCUGGCAAGAGAAUGGCAUCCAGAUAAAAGUCAAGCUCCUGACGCAGCGGAAAAAUUUUUUAAGAUAAAGUCAGCAUAUGAACUUCUAAGCGAUACAGAACGUCGACGAAUUUAUGACCUUUAUGGGGUUACAGAUAAAGAUUCUCAAUACUUACAAAAAAAAUAUGAUUAUAGUGAAUAUAACCGAUAUUCAACCGAUCAAUAUGAUGAAAUUUCUUUGGGAAACCAAUUUCCAAUUGGUCAUGAUAUUGGGCUAUUCCAUAAACUAUCAGUAACUGCAAACUAUUUUGAGAAGACUAUUCUGCCCAAUUCUGCAAAAAAGGUUUAUAUAAUUUUGUUUUAUAAUGAUUGGUGCUUCCGAUGUAUUAAAAUAAUUGAGCCAUUUAAAAAGCUUAUAGAUAUUUUGGAACCUCUAGGUAUAAAUUUUGCAACAAUUAAUGCUGUUCAUGAACCAUCAACAUUCCGUAAAACUGGAGCAGAUGAAGUUCCAAAGUUAAUUGUCAUUAUAAAAAAAAAUUUUUUCAUUUUUCGCGACAAUGACUUAACACUAACAAAAGUUGUAGAGUUCAUUCGGAAAAAGUUGCCAUUCAAUAUAUUACAACGUAUUGAAAGUAAAAAUAUAAAUGUGUUUCUGAGCGGUUGGAUAGACAAUAAAGUACGUGCUUUAAUCUUCGAACCUCGUAGACAAAUAAGAUUGAGAUACCUGCUAACUGCAUUUGAAUUUUAUGAUCGUGUGACAUUCGGAUUUAUUGAUAUAAGUAACGGGCGAGAAAAAGAAUUAGUUUCACGAUUUAAGAUAAGCAGAAAUAUGGAUUGUUUAUUUAUAUUCAAUGAGGAUUCCUUGACAUACGUUACAAGUCUAUGUAUGCCCGAUAUACCAACUCAAACUUUAAGAUCUGUGGUUUCAUCCAAUCAAUUUUUGGCUCUACCUAGGCUAUCCUCGCAGGAAAUCUUAGACAAAAUAUGCCCCACGGAAUGGAGUAGACCCAGAAAACGCUUAUGCGUGAUUCUGAUAACUAAGAACUCUGAAAAUAACGAAUUGGAAAGAAAUACUCUUAGAAAUAUUGCUUUGAAAAGGGAGUAUAACAAUGAAAGAGUUCGAUAUGCUUAUAUGUUUAAGGAGAGACAAGAGAACUUCAUUAAAGCUAUUUCAAAAGGAUUUAAGGAAUCACAUUUUCCACAUAUUGUAGUACUUUGGCGGCGGGAUGAUAAACACGUAAAAUAUGAAUGGAUUUUUGGGAUUAGUAGAGGCAACCACUCCGCUCCUGCAGGUUUUGAAAAUUCAACAAACCAUGAAGUCUCUCGUACAGUAAGAAGGCUACUAAAAUCAUCAGAAAAUUUUAAUUAUGAAGCUAUUGUACAGAAACUGCUUAACGAACAUAGUGAAGGAAUAAUUUCUAAGUGGUUAUCUCGAAUGAUAUAUUUAAUCGAUUAUCUAUCAGAUCAGGUGGAAGAUGAGCAUUUACUUGCUGCUAUGUCACUAAUGGGAACUAUUGGAUUAAUGUUAGCCGUUGGGUAUUUACUAAUGUAUUUUGUGCGAAUGGAAGAAGACAGUCUUAGGGCCCAGGGAUUUAUUUUGAGCUAUCAAGAUGCUCGACCAACAAAAAAAGUCCCAGAACUAAGGUUGUAUGAACUUAGAGCUGAAAAAUAUAAUGGAAUGGUACGCCUUUUAAAACCAGGCUUCCGCACAUUAAUUUUGAUAACAGAUUUUCAGACCCGUAAGAAGCUUAUUCCUUACUUUCAUAAAGCAGUGUGGCCUUACAGAAAAACCAAAACAUUAUUGUUUGGACAUUUGUUAAUUGAAAAAGGAUUGUCGUGGUAUUCAGAGCUUCUCCGAUUGUCUUUGUGUGAAGGCCAGAAACUGCAAGUGAAUCCCAGAAAUUGUGUGGGUACGGUAAUUGCCUUGAAUGGCCACCGGAAAUAUUUUUGUAUGUAUCACGCAAAGCAUCCUGAAUCAAUUCGUGCAAAUAAGAGAAUUUUAAAAAUAACCAAGCAGCUGUUCAAUAAAGAAGAUGAUCCUGAGGCGGGAACGUUUCUUGAAGACCAUUUUUCUGAAGAAUCUGAGACAGGAGGAAAUGUAGUCUUGGAAGAAAAUUUACUUAAAGGAUUUGAUAAGUGGCUUGAAAGGUUAUUUGAUGGACGAACUCACAAAUACUACAUAAACUAUUGGCCGGAUUUUUCAACUAAAUAAUACAAUACAUUUAUUUUUUUUUUAAUAAAAUGAUCUAUUAAUAAACAGAACAUUAAUAAUAAAAAUUCUUCUUGAA